GUCCUUUCAUGCCUUGCGAAGAUCUCUUCGGCUGGUGGAGCUUGCGCUGUGGUGUCUGGGUGGUAUUCUUACUGGCCAUGCUGGGUAAUGGAGUAGUUGUCAUCGUGCUUUUGUUUGGCAGGAGUAAGAUUGACGUCCCUCGGUUCUUAGUCUGUAAUCUAGCUAUGGCAGAUUUCUUCAUGGGUAUAUAUCUUGGCAUACUAGCGGUCGUAGAUGCAUCCACUCUAGGAGAAUUCCGGGUAUACGCUAUUCAAUGGCAAAUGUCUGCGGGUUGCCAGAUAGCUGGAUUUCUAGGAGUGUUGAGCAGUGAAUUAUCUGUCUAUACUUUAGCCGUCAUCACGCUGGAAAGGAAUUACGCUAACCACGCCAUGCACCUCAAUAAGAGACUGUCCUUGAAGCAUGCUGGGUAUAUCAUGGGCGCAGGCUGGACCUUCGCCUUGAUAAUGGCUGUACUGCCUCUGUUCGGAAUCAGUGACUACAGAAAAUUCGCUGUUUGCUUACCAUUUGAAACGGAAGACCCUUGGUCCCUUUCUUACGUCGUUUUCCUUAUUCUAAUCAACGGUGUCGCAUUCCUGACCUUGAUGGGAUGCUAUCUCAAAAUGUACUGGGUAAUACGUGGCUCUCAAGCCUGGAAUUCAAACGAUUCCAGAAUCGCCAAACGUAUGGCACUGCUUGUAAUAACAGAUUUUAUCUGUUGGGCACCCAUUGCAUUCUUCUCCCUGACAGCCGUUUUUGGUGCCAACUUGAUAUCUUUAGAAGAAGCAAAAGUGUUCACUAUCUUCGUUUUGCCUCUGAACAGUUGCGCCAACCCUUUCCUCUAUGCUAUUUUCACCAAACAGUUCAAAAAAGACUGUGUUCUCAUCUGCAAGAGGAUAGAGGAGUCAAGAGUGACAAGAGGUAUUGGCCGCUGUCGGCAUAGUUCAAACUUCUCCAACAGGCAUACUCCUGCAAAUACUAAUUCUGCAGCGGAGAAGAAGAGUGGUGGGACACCAGCUUAUGAAAGCCAACCGAUAUGCCAAUGUGGAGCGCACCUCAAAGGGUCCUUCAUGGCUAAAUAUACAGAAGUCCCUCAACAGACAGAAGCUCGCUGGAAGAGCUUAGCCAGAAGGUAUCUAAUGUUUCAAUUCAGUAGGAGAGAAGCAAAUAUGAACGAGUUCCCAACUAAUAGGGCAGCUGCAUACGCACACCACAGAACGAGAUUAGAGCCACUACAGAAAAGAGGCUCCAGUAUCUCGAGUGAUAACUUUUCUUCUCGUUCAGAUAGUUGGCGGCAGGGGAACUUCCCGCUUAGACUGCUCGAAAAAGGAGCUAGAAGGAAUUCUUGGACAGGAAGCACACAGAAGUCAUCUCAGGAUUCCAACAAUUCGUGUAGUCGUCAAGAUUCUUCGACCUCUACAUUUAGGCUUUCCCGAUCCAGUGUCAGCAGCGAUGCUUCCAGCUCUCGACCUGGCUGUAGCUUAAAAGAAAGAGCAGCGUCUGUUAGCACCUACAGGAAAGCAGCUGCUGGUACGAAUGGAGAUAUACCGGCACGUUUCGUCCGUGGCGUCACUAUUUCAAACUUGCGCGAGAAGCCCAGGCUGUGCCGGCAAGGUGCUGUCAUGGAAGAAGCCUCUCAUAUUCCCAGAGCCCCUUUGUAUAGGGGUGGACCCACUGAGACUGCGAUUCUGAGAAAGUCGCCUACUGUUACGCCUGUGGUGAAGAAAGGCGUUUGUGCAACUUGCGGAAGACGAGAGACGUUGCCUUCGUUGAGAUUUAAAAGCAAAGAGCUUGAAGAUAAAUUCAACUGCUUCUACAAUCGCCUCGUUGAGACAAGCAACGAAGAGAGCAGUGAAGCCAAUACUUCCAAGGACGAUCACGCUUUAUCUACAGAUCGAUCUACCUCAGACGACAGAAAGACAGAUUCUGGUAAAGAAACAGUUGACACCUCCUUGUCCGAACAACCCAGCGAGGAUUUUGACGUAUCUUCUCCCGUGGAUAAGAACCCUACAACUAGAGAAUAUCCUACCUCAAGCCUCACCGUGGAUGCAUCCAGGUCAGUUAGCCAACGGGCAAGCCCAUCUUCAAGUUACUAUGGUGGAUUCAUCGCUUCUGCCCCGAGGCGAAAAGAAUCUCCGAAACCCAGAGGUUCUCCUACAGUUCACAUCAGUUCGGAUAACAUUUCCAAAAACAAAUCUCGUAGUAUGUCCAAUCUGGGCUUUGAAUUCAAACUGUUCUCCAAACAGCGAAAGGCUGUCUCAGAUAACUCGCUUAAAAAAAUAUCUCUCAAAAACUUACCGAGUUUUUUGAGGUCUUUAUCUAGUCAAAGUACACAAAGUUCCAGCCAGAAAGCUGUCCUCUGCUGUAAAAGUCAAAGUGGCCAACUAACUCCAUAUUCUUUAACAUCCAUGCCCAUACCCUAUUGUCGAAGUGAAGCAACCAUUGUUAAUAGGUCUCCAGAAUCCGGUAGAACACCAGUCUGGUCCCCUCAGGGUUCUCUUCAUAAAUUGGCAUUAAGUGACAACUCUUCCUCCUCGGGUGCUGAAGAUGCAGAUGUUGAAGAGGAAGAAGACAGAGCUAAUGAAAAGACAAAAGUUCUUGUCAAGCGGAAGACUGCGCAUCCUGAAAUAAAAGCGAAAGAGGAAGACAAAAAAAUAGUUGAUUGUGAGUCUCAGCAGACACCUUUAUGUGGCACCAACAGCACAACCAGUGAAGAUACACCUCUGAUUGACCGUGAAGUAAAACCAGCAUCUUGAUUAUGAACUCUUAAUUGUCCGUACCUAAAUACGUUUUGUAGAAACAGCGUACACUGCGAAAAAAAAAAUGGCACAGUUCUAUAUCUCCCGUUCUACUGGCCCAUUGACGAAAUUCAAAUUGCGUUUAUCAUGUCUUGAAAGCUUAACUUAAGCUAUAUAUUAGAUUUAUAUAUAGCAUUAUUCUUUUCCGUUUCGCCGGCGCAGACGAUAAAGUCGCCAAUAAUGAUACAACUGAUGCCAAACGUAAUAUCCUCACUGGUAACCUUUUAGGCAUC